AUGAGCACGGACAAGGAAGACUCUUCAGCUGUGAGGAGGCGCGUGUCUUGCACCAAAUGCUUCGACGCUCUUUGGUUCUGCUACUGGAUGUCUAGAUGGUCCGACAAAACCAGCAAUGGCGAUGAGACAGGAAAAGGUUUGGCACCUUUUUACCAAAUGCAGCAGUAUUACCGGGUUGGAAAACUUGACGAUUGUACUCAGAAGUUCUCUGAUCUCUUUGAUUGUCUUUCAUUGAAGACGAAAAGAGCUUCUGAAGUCGAGAAAAUUCUGGAAGAGCGAGAGAAAGAAGAUGCGGCAAAACAUAUCUGGAUUAUGCGAACAAAGGAAGAAGCUUCAAGGCAUUGGAACGAAACUUUUGGGCAUUUGGAUGAUCCAAAUUGUUAG